AUGAGCGAGCUCAAGAAACUCACCCUUGCCCAAAUCAGCCAGCACAACAAGACCAAUGACUGCUGGCUCGUUGUCGAUAACAAAGUCUACGACGUCACUCACUUCCUAGAAAAGCAUCCUGGUGGAAAGGAAGUCUUGCUCCAGAACGCAGGCAAGGACGGCACCUCGACAUUCAAGGCGAUGCCCCAUCCUCCAUCGGCCCGGACGCGGCUCGAGAGCAUGUGCGUCGGCAUUUUGGAUGGCUAG